UUUACCGAUUUUGACAGACUGGAGGAACGUGGCAGGUUUGAGGGUCCCAAGGGAUGUUGCCGAAGCCCCACACCAAUGAAGUUCCGUAGCAGAUCUCAAGGUGGAGGAAGCCGCCUGGAGUCUGUUGGUGAAGACGAUGAGCUUAUCGUGGAAAAUGGUGAUGCAGGAAGUGAUGUGGCGGAAAAGCCUGCGCGAGGAGGACGCAAACAUUCCCUCCCGCAGCAGCUGGAUACAGCUGGCAUUCGACAGGAAUAUCAAAUUGUGAAGAAAUCGGCUCGUUCCCUGAGCACUGUUCAAGUGGAAUCUCCAUGGCGACUGGCACAGCCAUCCAUAAUCUCCAACAUUGUCCUGAUGAAAGGACAGGGCAAGGGUCUUGGCUUCAGCAUUGUCGGUGGGCAGGAUUCAGCCCGGGGGAGGAUGGGUAUAUUCGUCAAGACAAUUUUCCCCAAUGGAGCAGCCGCCGCAGACGGGAGACUGAAGGAAGGUGAUGAGAUAUUGGAAGUGAAUGGAGAGUCUCUCCAAGGCCUCACGCACCAGCAAGCCAUUCAGACCUUCAAGCAACUGAAGAAGGGAGUAGUUACCCUAACUGUGCGGACCCGUCUGAGAAGCCCAAGUCUUACACCCUGUCCCACGCCCACCCUACUCAGCAGAUCCAGCUCUCCAAACUCAAAUACCAGUGGUGGGACUCCAGUCCCUCCUAGCUUUGAAGAUGGGGACUCUCGUAAGGGGCCUGGUCCCAAAGAUCGCAUUAUCAUGGAGGUUACACUGAACAAAGAGCCAGGUGUGGGGCUGGGUAUCGGUGCCUGUUGUCUAACACUGGAAAACAGCGCUCCUGGGAUCUACAUCCACAGCUUGGCUCCAGGAUCUGUUGCCAAAAUGGAUAGCAGACUCAGUCGAGGAGACCAGCUCCUGGAGGUGGACUCUGUGAGCCUGAGACACGCAGCGUUGAGUGAAGCCUAUGCUAUCCUGAGUGAAUGCGGACCCGGCCCAGUCAGCCUCAUUAUCAGCCGACAUCCAAACCCCAAAGUGUCUGAACAGGAGAUGGAUGAAGUGAUCACUCGCUCCACGCACAGAGAUAGUCAUUCUUCCCACACGCUUGGGCUGCCGUCAAAGAGUCCAUCUCCUACUGUUAAAGUCAAGCAGGGUGAGGGUAAUCCUGCUCUCAGCUGGACCAUGAAGAGAUUCCUUGAGCCAGCCAGCAGGCAAGGCUCGUUGAGUUCAGAGGCAGAGCUCUCUCAGUAUUUCUCGGUUCAUGAUGCACCCAGCCAUUCUUCCCUUUCUGAGACCAUGGCGAUGGGAUCCAGUGAUGAUGACAUGCUGCACAGUAGCAGGAGCUGUAAUACAUCUAUGGAGGAAUCAGCAGCACCUCGGCCGCAUGUCUAUCAGGAUUGCUCCUAUAGGGGUUCAGACAGUAGUCCCACAACCCCAGAAUGCUGUAAAGCCUCUGGAGGGGCUGGUCGCACUGUAGAUACACCCCAACAUGCCAGUGUGGGAAGCAGUCCGACUUCUGUCCGCAGCCCACUUCUUCGUCAGCGUCGGGUCAUAUGCUAUGAGGAUGAACCUAGUGAUGAUGAAACCGGCCUUGAAGAGGACAGUGGCCCUUUCCGUCGCCACCUCCGCGGGGUCUCUGAUGGAGUCCACCACCACCAAGAGGAAGACUCUGGUAUUGUAAUAGCCACGUCAUCUCUUGAGGUCGACGAUGAAAGCCAGGAUAGCAGUGAGAGCCACAGACAGAUCGGAAGUGAACCAGCCACUCCGCUCUAUGGCAGCUCUCUUGAAUCUGAGGAAGGACCUAGUGGCUUGCCUAGUGCCGAAUCUCCCUUCAUGUCCAUUCGCUGUAUGGAGGCAGCCGGAGGAACAAACCUGGGUGUCAAAAAAGAUGCCCAUCGAGAAGGGCAGGAGGUUAAACGCUCACCCAAGCUGGAGCACAAAGCUGUGACUCGUGUCAAAAGCAUGAUGAGCAUUGAGUGCCCCAACCCUCCACAAAGAGCCAAGGGUGAAGAACCUCCUUUACUCCCAGCAAACGCUGCCCAGGUUGCACAGAACAGCACACGGCCGCCUUGCAGGAUGCUGCACUGCAAGAAGGGGGAAUCCAGUGAGUUAGCAGGGGUUUGCACUAUUGAGACAAUAGUGCUCCAGCGUAACGAGACUGAGUCUUUCGGUCUGGAUCUGGAGAUUAAAUCCGCUCCCCUCAAGGUGCUGAUCACAGGGCUGAGACCGGGAGGUGUUGCGGAAAGGGAAGCCUCAGGGAAGAUGAGCGUUGGUGAUGAGAUUGUAACAAUUGGUGAUACCCCGGUGUGUACAUCCACCUAUCAGGAGAUCUGUGACCUCAUGCACAACCUGCCAAUCACAUUGACCUUAGAGAUAAAGAAGCCAGUCUCAGCUGUAGAUCGACUUUCUAGCCUGAUUAUGUCUUCUGGCUGUGAGGGCUCGUCUAAAAUGGAGACACCUAAACCUCCAGAAGAAAGGACUCAUAUGGACAAAACUAUUGUUGCAGCUCAAGAAAGCCUUUCAUCAGAAACAAAUGCGAAACAGACAUUAGAUAUCCACAGCAACAGCAUUCCCAUCACUAAUAUUGACGAUGUCAUAACUGAACUGAAUUUAGCAGAAAGCAAAGAAAAAGACAAAAGUGUCUUGGAUUCCACAGAUGGAAGUGCCAAAACAGAAGAGUGCAGUCAAGUAGACGACAGAACGACUGCAGCGGAAUCGCAGCCUAACCUUCUGGAUUUCUCUGCCCUAGAUGUGGGGAACAGCGCUUGUCAUUUUCCUGUAGGAAACACAUUUUUAAAUAGUUGCUCAAGGAACUUUAGUAGUCUGGGAGAGGACAUUGUCCCUCCAGAGAAAGGACAUGCAGAGAAACCAAGUAUGUACAGUCUGGUGGAAGAUGGUGACUCUGAGAGUGACUCUGCAGACAGUGCUGUCAAAGUAGAGCCGUCUCAAGCUCACUGUGAGGGUCCUCAGGACACUGACUCAGAUGAGGAAGAGGUUGAGCUCUGUUACAGCACUGUCAGUCAGCCCUCAUCCAGCCAAACAGAGGGCAGCUCUCUGCCAGAUAGAAAAAGCAUGGCCAAUUGCCAGACUGUUGACAGUCUUGCUAGUGGAGCCAUUCUUGCUAGUAUGGAUCUCCACAACCCUCUUUCACUCACAAUGCAAGACAAGGAUUCGCAAGAGAAUCAUUCUGUCUCUAAGUUACCAGAUACACUUUGCCCUAAAGUUUCAGGUGAUGAUCUCCUAAAUGGGGAGAGUGGACACACUCCCACACAAUAUGAGGCAAUGGGUGCAUCUCAGAGAACACCACCAAACUGCAACACUGAUGAAAAAUGUGAAACCAUUUCAAAAUCUGUUCAAAUCUGCCAGACACCAAAAGGUGUCCCUUUUCCCGCUGUUACUCAGGGUAUUAGUCACGUCACCCCGAGAAGUCAAGAGAGGACAACUAAGUUGCUCUCAGAUGCAUCUCUGUCAGUAGAGAAACUCAAUACUGGGCAAGUGCCACUGGGGUCAACUGUGUCACAGCCCAAGGCAUUAAAUGGCAAAACUAGUAGGCAGGCCUCCUCUACAAUUGCUCCAAAAGAUAAGGAGAGAGAGAAAGUUCAUCCUACUCUAGACUUGAAAUCAUCACUCUCCCAAACCCAGAGUAAAUCCACCUCUUCUUGUGUUAAAUCUUUGGGAACUAAAUCCUCUAAUGACACUCCUAUCUCGCUGCUGAAAAGUAGACUCAAAGUUGAUGAUAAAAAGUCCAAUACCUCUUCUAAACUUAAGGGCCUAAGUAUUAAGAGUAAAUCCAUUGACCAAGAACAGCCCGUCUCUAGAACGACAAGGGUGGAAAGUCCAGGCCAGAAAAAAGCUCUUAGCUCCCCAAGUCAGUCUCCUAAACUUAUCUCCAAAAGAACCACACCAACUGGUAGCCCUAAAUCCACCAGGACAUCUGAGAAGAUCAGGGUUACUUCUUGUAAAACUGACCAACCCACUGUGACCAGUGUCUUAAAGACCAAUUCCAUCAACACCACCAAAGAAGAAUUCAAGCCUUCCAAGAAGGCACAAGUCUCAGACCUAAAGGAGCAAGUUUCAAAAUCAGAGGUCACUGUUAUCAACACUCAAAGAACUUUCAUUGAGGUACGACUUUCAUCUUCUACAUCAUCUACACCUGUGCUGACACGCAAGGAAGUUGGGAAUGCAAGUCAUUUAAGCGUGGCUUCGAUGUCGGUUGAUCCAGUCCAGUGGGAGGAAUCAAAUUCAGACUCCUCUUUUGGAAGACACGCCGUCCCAUUAGAAUCAACCAAUUCUUCAUCUAUUUCUUCUAACCAUAACGGUACUAAUAAAUCAAAUGGAACUUCUUGCAAUGGCCAAGAAGAAAACCUGCUCAGGAACUCAAAUAAUAAAGAUGAUGCUUCUAGUCUCAAAACAAGCGUAUCGAAACUGUACCUAAAGGGACUAGACCGCAGGAGCUGCUCUACAGACACUAGUGGGUCUCUUGACCCAAACCCCUUCUCAGUUCGUCAAAGAAUCAAGUCCUUUGAGAAUCUAGCCAGCUUUGAUCGAUCUGUCAUAAAGUUUAUAGACAUACCGUUUUAUUCUAAUAACUCAAAGCCACCUCUGAACCGGAGGUUGUCUGGGUAUGCUGGAUCUGUUAGCAGUCAGUCCAGUGACAGCCGUUCUUUGAGGAGGAGUUUCAGCUCUUGUGUAGACAAUUUAAGCUCAACCCCAUCUCCACCGUAUCCACAGAAUUCAUCUUCCACUUCAGUUGUCACCAUCUCUGAAUCAGCUCCUCAAAACCAAACCGCAGAAGCUGUUAUGAAGGAGAAGGUGAGAAAUGAGGCCUCUGUGAACCAGCCUGCUUUGCACACACCACCAGUACUGCGCUCCCGCAAUGCUCGCGCACACGGAGGCCUGUCGCGCUCCAAACUGAGAGAGAUAAAGGCACUGAGCAUGCCUGAACUAGACAAGUUGUGUACUGAGGAUUUCACCAGUGACCCUGGAAAUGUGAUCUUCAAGACGGAGCUGGAAAUCUACCCUUGCAGGUCCAUAGACACAGCAUCGCACAACCUGCAAUGCACCGUGGUGACCAGAGUGAGCAGAGUUGAUGCUGGGGUUCCUGGUUCAACCAGCAAUGGGGAUCAACAUGAAGGCCAAAUCACAGGGCUCUCAUGCUGGUCUAUAAGUUUGAAAGAUCUUGAAUCUUCUCCUUUGGACCAAAAUAAAGUGCAAGAUGUUCUGUGUUCCCUCACAACCAAAUUUGAUGUGACAGGUCUCAUACAGGAAACAAGCACUCUUUCAGAGGUUAAAGAUGACAUUUACUUUGUGAUCUUAACCAAAGAGCAAGGAUCUGGACUGGGUUUCAGCAUCGCCGGAGGAGUAGAUCUGGAGCAAAAAUCUAUUACUGUCCAUCGGGUGUUCACUCGAGGGGUGGCAGGCGUGGAAGGUACAAUUCACAGAGGAGACCGAGUUUUGUCAAUAAACGGGACCAGCUUGAGUGGUAUCACACAUGCAGAGGCACUGUCCUGCCUUCAUCAGACCAGACUUACGAAGCAGGCAUUAGUGAUCAUCCAGAAGGGCAAGAACACUGAGCCAACAUCCCCUAGACAAGAACUUGCCCUUCAGACUGGAAUCGGUCCAACUCCAGGCCAUAGAGACAGCAUCAGAGAACAUAAAACAAGUGUGGAAGUGGGGCCAGACGGGGCUUUGAGUGUGGAGUUACAGAAGACUACAGCUGGUUUAGGAUUCAGUCUAGACGGAGGCAAAUCAUCUGCCCAUGGUGAUCGACCUCUAUACAUCAAACGCAUUUUCCGUGGAGGAGCCGCUGAACAGUCCCGGGUCAUUGAUGUCGGAGAUGAACUUCUAGCCAUCAACGGCAGGUCUUUGCAGGGCCUUAUGCACUACGAUGCCUGGAACAUCAUUAAAACAGUCUCUGAGGGUCCCGUCCAGUUAGUCAUCAGAAAACCCAGGACUUCAGUAUGACGUCUGAACUAUCUGCACGUGUCCAAACGGUGGUGGACUCUCAUUGUACAUAGACUUUGCAUUCGUUUUAUAUGUCUGUUACAGGAUCUCUAUGAGCUGAUGAAUUUUUUGCACAUUGAUUUUUAUACAAACAGAUGCUUCUGCAGAUUUGUGGUAGACUCACAUAUGCGGGCUCAAGCUAUUUUUAGUAUGUCUUUGAACUUUGUAUCUUAUGGACUUUGUGCUUUAUGACUUUUUGAAGACAUUUGAGCCUAAUUGUAAGAAUUCUAAAUGUUACAGUAAUAACUGUUUCCCUUGUAUAAUAUAAUUUAAUGACAAUAUUGUGAAAAUUGGUUGAAACGUAUAGCUAUGAUUAUAUAGUGAUGAUGCAGACCACUAAAGAGUGUGUACACUCAAUCUAAUGAAUUACAGGAGAUCAACAUAUAUCAAACUCUAUGUGAAUCAUAAAACAAGCUUUUGUUUUGAACUGGUUUAUGACUUUAAAAUGGACUUGUGAAAUAGAUUUUUUUUUUCCUUAUUUUUCUAUUGUUCCUUUUGAUGAUUGGAAUUUUUGGGGUUUUUGGUAAUGACUUAUUUAUCUUAAAGGUAAAUUGUGUAAUUUCAGUGCCACUAGCAAACAGAUCUGAAAAAAUUUCCCAAACACUCCUAUCUCCCCUAUCUGUCAGGCCUUUGUACAGAAAAACAGGAAGCUGUACCCCAGACUCACGCUAUUGGUUGAAGCACAAGAUGAUGACGAAACAACCACCAAACAACCCCCCCCCCCACACACACACACAAACUGUGACAGAGCCACAGUGCUUGCUUCACUUUUAAAUACUUUAAUUCAAUCUGGUUAUUAACAUUUAAAAUACAAUAAUAGAUUGAAAAAGUCACCUUAGCACACUUUAAUUAGAAUCAUGACAUUUCAGGUCUUUUGGUUAUGUUUGGUCAUAUUCUUUCAGCUGUGAAUAUUGUCAUGUUUACCAUCUGAGACUUUCAGUAGUUGUCUCCCUCAUAGAAAAAAAUAUAUAUCAGUGAUGUUGUUAUAUUUUACUUGAAUUGUCUUUUUGUAAAUAUUGAGGCUCCCACUGUUUUUAUUGUAAUUUAAUUUCGCUGAGCAUUAAGCACAAAUGUAUUAACUAUAGCGUAUAUGAAAAAAGCAAUCAUGAAUAUUUCUUCUGUCUAUCUGACUUUUUGUUCUGCCCUUGUGAAUAAAGACAUCAGAUAUUUUUUA